GAAAGUGUCCCGGUAUUUACAGAACCUGUUGAACUGAAGUGUUAUACUGUUUCACACUACGGUUUGGCGUCAGGUACACAUUCCGAAACCAGUGCUUCCGAACCCAGAGUAGACAGCGGCUACACGCUAGCUGAAUAUCUAUUGGUCUCUGUCUUGACCUCAAUUCAAUCCCGGAGGCUUGUCUGGUCUUGGUUUCAUUCCAGUACACUACUGGCUGCGGAGCACUUCACUCUAAAUGCAGAAAGUCGCACGUCGUGUGUACUGCACAAUGUGGAUGCAGUGAACACGACGCUUACUGCUGCAUAAACCGUUGCUAAAACGCCCUGAUUCUUUUAAAGAAAUAGAAAUAUUAGCUAAGUGCUUUUAAAGAUACCGUAAAAUUCCGAUAAUAAGCCCCGGGGCUUAUAUUUUUCAAAAGCCCUUUUUGAGGGGCUUAUUUUUGGAGGGGCUCAUAUUCGGAGGGAAAUUUGCGUUUCAAAAUUGAUUGGGCUAGCCUUAUAGUUUACCGUUUUUGCUUUUUUUCUACUUCGUAUUUGAGGCAAUUUUCCAAGUACAAGCCCCCGGUGGGCUUAUAUUUGGAGGGCGAUUUAACGGAGGGUUUUUGGCGUUACCGGUUUGGAGGGCUUAUAUUUGGAGGGGCUUAUUUUCGGAAUUUUACGGUAUUAGAAGAUGUAUUAAAAACAUUUACAGUAUUAUUGACCAUCAUAUAGACAGAUUGAAACCUGAAAGUAAGAAGUAAUGUUCUGUUGUUUAAUUUGAUAUGUCACCAUAUUAAGGGCCGAGAAAGACAACGUGAGUUGUGAAAUUACUAAGAUUCAGCAUUGUACUAAAUAAACAAUAAUUUGUACCUGUACUCCCAAGUGUUACAGUAAAAUGUUUUCCAACAAAAUGUCAAAUAUACCGGUGCUAAAGUGAUUUUUCUAUAAGAGGGCGUGGUCAAGUGUCACGUUAGGGCUAAUCAAUGUAAGCGGGGUAAAAUCAGUCAGAUAUUCUUAGAAUAAACUUUACAAUACACUUUAUAACGCUUUCAAAGAUUUUUUGUCUGUAUUAAACUUAGAAUUGUUAAAGGAAAGAAACUUCCUUACUAGGACAAUGACGUCAUAA